CUCUCACCGCACACUCAUGUCGCUACUCGGUCUUCCGUCUGAGCUCUGCAUAGACAUAUUAUCGUAUGCGCUCUAUGAACACCCAAAUCCUUCGGAUGUUCUCUGUAUCACGCCAGUGUUCUUCACACUUGGCACGCGAAUACUGCACACCAAUCUCCGCUUCCGCGCUGUGCGCCAGCUCGCGCUCUUCGGCGCCGCACAGGAAGUCAGCGGCACUUACAAGUUAGCAUGCGCCCCCAGGACACUCAGUGUAAUCUUGCCUGGAGGGACUGCUAGCUCUGACGUGUUCUUGUGUCUUGCGGGUGCACUGCGCCGCUGCCGUGCGGCUUUGGACAAUCGCAAUGAGGGAAAGAGCUCGGGAGAUAGGGUCCCGCUAGACACGCUUCAGUUGUGCCUACAUUCGCACAUGCGCACCAACGUUCAGCACAUAUAUGACGCUUUGGUCCUUGCAGACCCGCGAACGUUCAUUUGGAUGGGUCCGGACCCGCCGCACCACUUCUCUACUGCAAUUGUACCGGCAGCGACACACCAGCUGUUGCUCGCGAUCAGCACCUGGCCUAACAUCGCCCAUCUCAAACUUGCGAACCUCUCCUUCCCCUCAGAUCCCCUUAGCACUGGCUCGCGCACUCUCGGUCCACCACUGGCAUCCACCACUCCUCUUCUUCCCGCCCUUCCUACUCUGCGAUCACUGACCCUUGGCCAAGCAACGCUGCUCCCACCGGGCGCGAUUGCUGCCAUGCUCUGCCCAUAUAUCCCCGGGCAAGAAGGCAUGGAUGCUCUCGAAGAGGUCCGUCUUAUCGACGCGUACAGUGAGAGUAUCUGGGGCCCGCGGAUACGAAGGAGCGACAUCGAGCGUGCUAUCGUGGGACUCGAUGCAACUGUACGCGCGGAGAAGGAGGGGCUCUCACGGGUGAAGAGGAUUGUCAGGUGCGAGGCACUGACCGAGAGACUCAUGGGCGGGGACCGAGUCGAGGAUUCCACGCUCUUAGAUUGACGGGCGCGAUGCAGAGACAGCUUUGGUUCGUCUGCAGAACGUGUUAUGUUUCGCUUGUAGACGUAGGUGGGGUUUCGCUGGCUUGAUCGACCAACCUUACUUCCUUCCACGACAACUGUCAUGUAGCACUUGCCCUAAUGGCCUUCACACGA